CGAUUUUCUGCUCCGACCUAAUACUAACAAUCUUUCCUAUUUUACGGAAUUUCACUCUUGCUCACUUAAAAGCAGUUAGCUUCUGAAUUCUAGCAAGAAACGCAUGAGCUAACCCACAAUUUCAUUUGGGAUGCUUGAAAUUGAACUUCUGAAAUCAAAAUUCAUGAACAUUCAUUUAAAAUGGAUCGCAAAAAUUUGUAAUUCUAUUUUACAACUCCAAUUCUUUGGUAUCAUUAAAAUUCGAGAAACAUUGUUCCGUAAUUUUCCUUGGAAAUCAAUCCGCAUUAGGUCAGCUUUGGAUCAGCAAAACGCCAGGUGAAAUGGAAAGGGGACUGGUGUAAAUGGACCAAACAACGUUUAAGCUCUGUAUGGACCUCAUUUUUCUAUAUCUCAUCUUUGGAUUCUUAUAGCAGCUGCAGGCAACCGUUCGAAUGGCUUUUUCUCCGUUCUCUUCUUCUUUGGUUCAUCCUCAAUUGCAGCAUACUGUAGCUAACAUGUCACUUCUCGACGCUAUUAUAUUCUAUAUAAUACAUUUAGUGGAUAAAUUCGGAGCAUGGCAUCGAUUACCAGUGCUUUUGGGAUUGGCUUACCUUGGAAUGAGAAGGCACUUGCAUCAACGAUACAACCUGUUGCACGUUGGAGGAAGCAAAGACCAGAAAUAUGACACUAGAGAGUUCUCAUAUCGAACAGCUGAUGGAACGUGCAAUCAUCCUCUGAAUUAUCUUGUAGGAAGCCAAGGUAGGUUUUUUGGUAGGAACAUGCCUCCAGCAACUUCAGGUUAUGGGUUGUUGGAACCUCACCCAUCGAUAAUAGCCAAAAAGCUCUUGGAGAGGAGAAAAUUUGUAGAUUGUGGGAAGCAAUUCAACAUGAUAGCAUGUUCAUGGAUACAAUUCAUGAUACAUGACUGGAUUGAUCAUAUGGAGGACACUGAACAGGUAGAGAUUAGAGCUCCCGAUGAAGUUGCAGAAGGGUGUCCACUGAAGUCUUUCAGGUUCUAUAAGAACAAAAAAGUUCAAACUGGUUCGCCUAAGCCAGAGAUUGGGUUUCUGAAUUCAAGGACUCCAUGGUGGGACGGGAGUGUUAUUUAUGGAAACAACAACGAUGGCAUGAUUAAAGUGAGAACAUUUAAAGAUGGGAAGCUAAAAAUUUCAGGGGAUGGACUUCUUGAACAUGAUGAGAAGGGCAUUCCAAUCUCCGGAGAUGUUCGAAACUGUUGGGCAGGCUUCUCCCUUUUGCAGGCCUUGUUUGUUAAAGAGCAUAACGUUGUUUGUGAUAUGCUCAAAGAACAUUGCCCCGACCUUGAUGAUGAGAAGCUCUACCGACAUGCAAGAUUGGUGACUUCAGCUGUUAUUGCUAAAAUACAUACAAUUGAUUGGACAGUUGAACUCCUCAAGACUGAUACUCUGUUGGCAGGAAUGAGGAUAAACUGGUAUGGGUUUUUCGGGAAGAAAAUCAAGGACUUAAUUGGGCAUAAGUUUGGACCAGUUUGUAGUGGACUAGUUGGUCUAAGAAGGCCUAGAGAUCAUGGAAUUCCUUACUCAUUGACUGAAGAAUUUGUUGGUGUAUAUAGAAUGCACUCACUUCUACCGGACAAAGUCAUCCUCUUGGACAUAAAAUCAGCAACAUCAGAGAACAGAAGUACACCAGUUCAGGAAGAGGUGCCUAUGUGGGAAAUGAUUGGGAAACAAGGAGAGAGACGAUUGGCCAAAAUUGGAAUGGAGCAGAUGCUCAUAUCAAUGGGCCAUCAGUCAUGUGGGGCCGUCACAUUAUGGAAUUAUCCAUCAUGGAUGAGAAACCUUGUAGCUCAUGAUGCUGAUGGAGAAGAUAGACCUGAUCGAGUUGACAUGGCUGCCUUAGAAAUUUAUAGAGAUAGAGAAAGGAACGUUGCACGGUACAAUGAGUUCAGAAGGAAUAUGCUGAUGAUUCCAAUUAGCACGUGGGAAGAUUUGACUGAUGAUGAAGAAGUAAUUGAAGCGUUACACGAAAUCUAUGGAGAUGAUGUUGAGAAGCUGGAUCUCCAGGUGGGUUUACAUGCAGAGAAGAAAAUUAAAGGCUUUGCCAUCAGUGAAACAGCUUUCUCUAUAUUUCUACUUAUUGCAUCAAGGAGGCUGGAGGCUGAUCGCUUCUUCACAACAAAUUUUAACUCGAGCACCUACACAGAUAAAGGCUUAGAAUGGGUUAACAAGACAGAAACACUGAAAGAUGUCAUUGAUCGACACUUUCCCAAAAUGACAGGAAAAUGGAUGAGAUGCUCGAGCGCAUUCUCCUUGUGGAGUUCGGAUCCAACCCCAAGAAACUGUAUACCUCUAUAUCUGAGACCAGCAUCAGCAUGUUAUGUCCUUGUGAGCAUUUUGGCAUGUUUUUUCCUCAUUAGCUGUUUCCAGUAAAAGCUUCCUCUGUAAAUUUAUCCAUGUGUAAGACGAUGUCUUAAAUACUGUGGCAAGAGUUUUAUGAGCCAAUGUGUCUAUAAAUAAUCAAGUCACUUUUCAUCUACACA